AUGCAAUUCUUUCCAUUUUUGUCUGAUUUACAUUCCCUCUAUUCUUUUUCUCUUUCUUCAUUUUCGUAUCCCCUUUUGCUAUUUGUAAUGGCGUAUAGUGAGAAACAAAUGCAAUUCUUUCCAUUUUUGUCUGAUUUACAUUCCCUCUAUUCUUUUUCUCUUUCUUCAUUUUCGCAUCCCUUUGCUAUUUUGAGAAAACAAAUGCAAUUCUUUCCAUUUUUGUUCCUCUAUUCUUUUCUCUUUCUUCAUUUCGUAUCCCCUUUGCUAUUUGUUUAUAGUGAAAACAAAUGCAAUUCUUUUUUUUGUUUUCGUAUCCCUCUAUUCUUUUCUCUUUCUUCAUUUUGUCGUAUCCCCCUUUUGCUAUUUGUAAUGGCGUAUAGUGCAAAUAUUUUGUCUGAUUUACAUUCCCUCUAUUCUUUUCUCUUUCUUCAUUUUCGUAUCCCCUUUUUUUCUAUUUGUAAUGGCGUAUAUGAGAGAAACAAAUGCAAUUCUUUCCAUUUUUGUCUGAUUUACAUUCCCUCUAUUCUUUUCUCUUUCUUCAUUUUCGCAUCCCUUUUUAUUUGUAAUGGCGUAUAUGAGAAACAAAUGCAAUUCUUUCCAUUUUUGUCUGAUUUACAUUCCCUCUAUUCUUUUUCUCUUUCUUCAUUUUCGCAUCCCCUUUUGCUAUUUGUAAUGGCGUAUAGUGAGAAACAAAUGCAAUUCUUUCCAUUUUUGUCUGAUUUACAUUCCCUCUAUUCUUUUUCUCUUUCUUCAUUUUCGCAUCCCCUUUUGCUAUUUGUAAUGGCGUAUAUGGCAAAUGCAAUUCUUUCCAUUUUUUGUCUGAUUUACAUUCCCUCUAUUCUUUUCUCUUUCUUCAUUUCGUAUCCCCUUUUGCUAUUUGUAAUGGCGUAUAGUGAGAAACAAAUGCAAUUCUUUCCAUUUUGUCUGAUUUACAUUCCUCUAUUCUUUUCUCUUUCUUCAUUUUCGCAUCCCCCUUUUGCUAUUUUGAGAAACAAAUUUCUUUCCAUUUUGUCUGAUUUACCCCUUUUCUCUUUCUUCAUUUUCGUAUCCCGCUAUUUGUUAUGGCGUAUAGUGAAACAAAUUCAAUUCUUUCCAUUUUUGUCUGAUUUACAUUCCUCUAUUCUUUUUUUUCUUUCUUCAUUUUCGCAUCCCCUUUUGCUAUUUGUAAUGGCGUAUAGUGAGAAAAAAUGCAAUUCUUUCCAUUUUUGUCUGAUUUACAUUCCCUCUAUUCUUUUCUCUUUCUUCAUUUUCGCAUCCCCUUUUGCUAUUUUGAGAAACAAAUGCAAUUCUUUCCAUUUUUGUCUGAUUUACAUUCCCUCUAUUCUUUUUCUCUUUCUUCAUUUCGCAUCCCCUUUUGCUAUUUUGAGAAAACAAAUGCAAUUCUUUCCAUUUUUGUCUGAUUUACAUUCCCUCUUUCUUUUUUCGCAUCUUUUCUGUUUGUAUUUUAUCCCCUUUUUUCUAUUUGUAAUUUACAUUUAUAGUGAGAAACAAAAUGCAAUUCUUUCCAUUUUUUGUCUGAUUUUUUCUUCCCUCUAUUCUUUUCUCUUUCUUCAUUUUCGCAUCCUUUUGCUAUUUGUAAUGGCGUAUAGUGAGAAACAAAUGCAAUUCUUUCCAUUUUGUCUGAUUUACAUUCCCUCUAUUCUUUUUCUCUUUCUUCAUUUUCGCAUCCCUUUUGCUAUUUGUUUGCGUAUAGUGAUGGCAAUUCUUUCCAUAGUGAGAAACAAAUUCUUUUUUCUUUCCAUUUUUCCUUCUGAUUUACAUUCCUCUAUUCUUUUUUUUGUCUUUACUUUCCCUCAUUUUUCUAUCCCCCCUUUUGCUAUUUGUAAUGGCGUAUAUUUUCUCAAAUUUUAUUCUUUCCAUUUUUCGUCUGAUUUACAUUCCCUCUAUUCUUUUUCUCUUUCUUCAUUUUCGCAUCCCUUUUUGCUAUUUGUAAUGGCGUAUAGUGAGAAACAAAUGCAAUUCUUUCCAUUUUGUCUGAUUUACAUUCCCUCUAUUCUUUUUCUCUUUCUUCAUUUUCGCAUCCCCUUUUGCUAUUUUGAGAAACAAAUUCAAUUCUUUCCAUUUUGUCUGAUUUACAUUCCCCUCUAUUCUUUUUCUUUCUUUUCUUCCCCUUUCGCAUUUGUUUUGCUAUUUGUAAUGGCGUAUUCUUUUCUCUUUCUUCAUUUUGCAUCCCCUUUGAGAAACAAAUGCAAUUCUUUCCAUUUUUUGUCUGAUUUACAUUCCUCUAUUCUUUUCUCUUUCUUCAUUUUCGUAUCCCCUUUUGCUAUUUGUAAUGGCGUAUAG